GGCGAGUGGAGAUGCUCGUGGUAUCGUCACUGUGCAAUGUCAUCCCGGUCCCAGUCGCGAGGGUAGGCCGGCGGUGGAGAAGCGAUGCGGGGCACGGCACGCCCGACAGCCACAGGCCGGGUGCAGGUAUGCCGGCCGGCCGCGACGACGCGAGCAGUGACGAAGGCGCGCGCCCGCGUGCCCUCCGUCCCAGUCGCAUCCUGUCAUCUAGCGCCGCGGCUCCUAGCUCCGGCAUCCACUGAUGAAAAAGGCCCGCGACCACGAGCCCAGGGGCAGCUACUGAGUGGCGUUCCACCGUUCGUCCGCCCGCCAGUUAAUACACUGGAAAGCUUGCGGCCGGUGCCGACGGCGGGGAGGCCGCCGUAGCCGCGAGAGGAACUGGGCCGAAAGAGGAGCUGAUCCACCCGGCAGUGCAAUGGUGAUUGUGCAGAUGGGUUCCCUCACAAAUGAUUGGAUGACAAACUUGUGUGGGAGCCCAGUAUGCUCCAACCAAGCUGUACUUUCAUGUGUGCUGAAGGAUGUAUUUGACUCUUCCACUUGCAUAAAUCAUCUGAUGGUGAUUGGCAUCAAUGUGCUGCUCAUAAUCAUGCUCACACUCCAACUGAUUGUCAAAAUACCGAAGAGUAGAGCUUCUAUGCGACAGCUUGUCACACUCAGUUCACCACUGCAGUUGGCUGCGGUAGUGUUCAAUUUCUGCUUGGGUUUGGUUUAUCUUGGCUUAGGACUGUGGAUGCUGUUGAAUAUGUUCAGUCGGGAUGCUUAUGUUUACCUGCCACACUGGUGGCUUCUGACAUUAUCUCAAGGAUUCAGUUUGAUCUUUUCCGGCUUCGCUUUCAGCAUCAGGCCUCUAUUUCUUGGAGCUUCAUUUAUUAGAUUCUGGUCUGUCGCGCUGACCAUCGACGGAGCAUUCAUAUGUUGUUCCUCAGUUGUUGAGAUUGUUGUAGAGAAGGCAAUCACCAUUAAGGCCUGUUUAGAUCUUCUGUCCCUACCAGCUGCAUUUCUCCUUCUACUUCAUUGCAUUCAGUGUAGCCAUGAUGAAGAGGGUUACCAAGGAACCGGAAAUGCUUUAUACAAGCCCCUGAACACGGGGGCAGAUAGUGAGAUGGCUGAUUCUGAUAAUAAGGUGACUCCUUUAGCUAAAGCUGGUUUUUUCAGCAACAUGUCAUUUUGGUGGCUGAAUCAUUUGAUGAAGAUGGGUUAUGAGAAACCUCUUGAGGAAAAAGAUGUGCCACUUCUACAAACCACAGACCGUGCACAUAACCAGUACUUGAUGUUCUUGGAGGAACUGAACAAUAAGCAGUCCCAGUCACACGACACACCAUCAAUCUUGUGGACUAUUGUUUCUUGUCACAAGCGUGCGAUCUUCGUGUCAGGUUUCUUUGCUUUACUCAAGGUUCUCACCUUAUCUACAGGCCCAAUACUUCUCAAGGCAUUCAUCAAUAUAUCGCUUGGGAAAGGGACCUUUAAAUAUGAAGGCUUCGUGCUGGCUGCAACAAUGUUUGUCGGCAAAUGUUGUGAAUCUUUGUCGCAGAGGCAGUGGUACUUCCGCACUCGCAGAUUAGGUCUACAGGUGAGAUCACUCCUGUCAGCAGCUAUUUAUAAGAAGCAACAGAAGCUGUCUAACUCUGCAAAAAUGAGGCACUCUUCUGGAGAAAUUAUGAACUAUGUGACUGUUGAUGCUUACCGGAUUGGGGAAUUCCCAUACUGGUUCCACCAAACAUGGACAACAACUGUUCAACUUUGCAUUGCUCUGGCAAUCCUGUACAAUGCAGUUGGUGCUGCAUCGGCUUCAUCGUUGGCUGUCAUAAUUAUCACUGUACUUGCUAAUGCUCCAUUGGCCAAGCUGCAACACAAAUUUCAGAGUAAGCUUAUGGAAGCACAAGAUGUAAGAUUGAAGGCCAUGUCUGAGUCCUUAGUUCAUAUGAAGAUCUUGAAACUUUAUGCAUGGGAAGCUCAUUUCAAGAAGGUUAUCGAGGGGUUGAGGGAGGUUGAGUAUAAGUGGUUAUCAGCAUUCCUGCUUAGGAGGGCAUACAACAGUUUCCUGUUCUGGUCAUCACCUGUUUUAGUUUCAGCGGCAACCUUUCUAACAUGCUAUCUUUUGAAAAUCCCUCUUGAUGCUAGCAACGUGUUUACCACUGUGGCAACUCUGCGUCUUGUGCAAGACCCAGUUAGGUCAAUACCAAUUGUUAUUGCGGUAUUCAUACAAGCUAAGGUUGCUUUCACUAGGAUAUCAAAGUUCCUUGAUGCACCUGAGCUGAAUGGGGAACUUAGGAAGAAAUACCAUGUGGGCACUGAUAACCCAAUAACGAUGAACUCAUGCGGGUUCUCAUGGGAUGAGACUUCAUCAAAACCAACUCUAAGGAAUAUAAAUUUGGAAGUCAGAGCUGGAGAAAAGAUUGCAAUUUGUGGAGAGGUAGGAUCAGGAAAGUCCACUCUUUUGGCUGCUGUCCUUGGAGAGGUCCCCAAAAUUGAAGGCGUGAUUCAAGUCUGUGGGAAAAUAGCGUAUGUUUCUCAGACUGCAUGGAUCCAAACAGGAACUGUACAAGAUAAUAUCCUCUUUGGAUCUUUAAUGGACAUAAAAUUAUACCAAGAAACACUUGUGAGGUGCUCGUUGGUCAAGGACCUUGAAGUGCUUCCAUUUGGCGACCUUACCCAAAUUGGGGAGAGAGGAGUAAAUCUUAGUGGUGGUCAGAAGCAGCGUGUUCAGCUUGCUCGUGCAUUGUACCAGAAUGCAGACAUCUAUCUUCUCGAUGACCCUUUCAGUGCUGUUGAUGCCCAUACAGCAACAAGUCUCUUCAAUGAAUAUGUGAUGAGUGCUCUAUCAGAGAAGACUGUUCUUUUAGUGACCCACCAAGUGGAUUUUCUACCCAUAUUUGAUUCCAUUCUGUUAAUGUCAGAUGGAGAGGUUAUCCAGUCAGCACCAUAUCAAGAUUUGUUGGCAGAUUGUCAAGAAUUUAAAUACCUUGUAAAUGCCCAUCAAGAUACUGUUGCUGUUUCAGAUAUUACCAAUGUGGUUUAUCGCCGACAAAAAGAAAUACCAACAAAGGAGACUGAUGGCAUUCAUGGAAACAUAUAUUUAGAGUCUGUGAAGCCAUCACCAGUAGAUCAGCUGAUAAAGAGAGAGGAAAGAGAAUCGGGUGAUACAGGUCUUAAGCCUUAUAUGCUUUACCUGCACCAGAACAAAGGCUUCUUGUAUGCGUCUCUUUGUGUUAUAUCUCACAUAAUUUUCAUAGCUGGGCAAAUAUCACAGAAUUCAUGGAUGGCUGCUAAUGUCCAAAAUCCUGGUGUUAGUACACUGAAGUUAAUUUCUGUGUACAUUGGCAUUGGAGUUUGCACAAUGUUCUUUGUGCUGUCAAGGUCUUUAUUCGCCGUUGUUCUUGGGAUCCAGACUUCAAGAUCCUUAUUUUCCCAAUUACUUAAUUCAUUGUUCCGUGCACCUAUGUCCUUUUUUGAUUCUACCCCUUUAGGAAGGGUUCUUAGCAGGGUCUCUUCAGAUUUGAGUAUCAUUGACCUUGAUAUUCCAUUUGCGUUCAUGUUUGCCUUUAGUUCCAGCUUAAAUGCAUAUAGCAAUAUGGGUGUAAUUGCUGUUGUUAUAUGGCAAGUUCUAUUUGUAUCGGUGCCGAUGGUUCUCUUGGCAAUUCGGUUGCAGAGGUAUUAUUUAGCCUCAGCUAAGGAAUUGAUGCGAAUCAACGGCACUACCAAGUCUGCUCUAGCCAAUCACUUAGGUGAAUCAGUUUCAGGGGCUAUAACAAUACGUGCCUUUGGAGAAGAAGACCGUUUUUUUGCUAAAAAUUUGGAGCUAGUUGACAAGAAUGCUGGCCCAUACUUCUAUAAUUUCGCAGCAACUGAAUGGUUGAUUCAACGUUUGGAAAUAAUGAGUGCUGCAGUUCUUUCUUUUUCUGCUUUUGUCAUGGCUCUCCUUCCUACAGGAACCUUUGGCCCUGGUUUUGUUGGUAUGGCAUUGUCCUAUGGCCUUUCCCUAAAUAAUUCUUUUGUUAGCUCUAUUCAAAAGCAAUGCGACCUUGCAAAUAAAAUAAUAUCUGUCGAACGAGUGGACCAGUACAUGGACAUACAGAGUGAAGCAGCGGAAGUUAUUGAAGAAAACCGACCAGUACCAGAUUGGCCCCAAGUUGGCAAUGUGGAGCUUAAAGAUUUGAAGAUUAGGUAUAGGAAAGAUGCUCCCCUGGUACUACAUGGUAUCACUUGCAAGUUUGAAGGUAGAGAUAAGAUUGGUAUAGUUGGUCGAACAGGAAGUGGCAAGACAACUCUAAUUGGUGCACUAUUUCGUCUUGUUGAACCUGCUGGAGGGAAUAUAAGUAUCGACUCUGUGGAUAUCACCACACUAGGCUUGCAUGACCUGCGUUCGCGUUUGGGUAUCAUUCCACAAGAGCCAACACUUUUUCAGGGUACAGUAAGAUAUAAUCUGGAUCCUCUUGGGAACUUCUCAGAUCAACAAAUAUGGGAGGUUCUUGGCAAAUGCCAACUUCUUGAAGCUGUCCAGGAGAAGGAGCAGGGAUUGGAUUCACUUGUUGCAGAAGACGGGUCAAACUGGAGCAUGGGUCAAAGGCAGCUCUUUUGUUUAGGCCGCACACUUUUGAGAAGGUGUCGUAUCUUAGUUCUUGACGAAGCAACAGCCUCUAUAGACAAUGCAACAGAUGCCAUCCUUCAGAAAACGAUCCGGACCGAGUUCAAACACUGCACCGUUAUUACAGUCGCCCACCGUAUACCGACAGUCAUGGACUGCGAUAUGGUGCUUGCAAUGAGCGAUGGGAGAGUAGCGGAGUAUGACAAACCCAAAAGGCUCAUGCAAACUGAAGGGUCUCUCUUCCGCGAGCUGGUCAACGAGUACAGGUCAUACACAUCGAAUGAAAACAUUUAGGAGAGAUUAUCGAUGGCGUGUGUAUACUGCUGCAGUUUCUCAGGAGAUAUGCUAGAAUAAAUUUCAGAAAAGGUAUGUUUUGCCUUGAGAAGAUAACAGGUGAUCUGUUGCUGUACCUCAAUGGGAUUCAUCUAUUUGAAAUCUGAAGAAAAUACAGAGCUAUCUUCUAGUUAUUGCCUGGAAACAUCUUUUGCUAUGUGUUUUUGGAGCAACAUACGAUGUAGCUUAUCUCCGUUGGCAGUUUUUGCCGCUAUUCAGAAGCGCUGAGGCUGACAUAAAUCAUGAGCGUUUCUUUUGCUCCAGCAGUCGGAUAUCGAUGCCUAAAUGGGAGGGACUUCAAAUCUGUAACCCUGCUGUCACCAUUGAUAUAUUGUUGGGGCUGCUUAGGAGAAGGAAUGAUCUGAUUCUGAUGAUAUAUUGUUGGAACUAGUUUGUAUACAUUAUACUUUGCUGUACUAGCUUACCGUAGUAAUUCCACUUAUUGUCAGUGUACUAUCCUGGAUGUAACACAAAAAUAGAUUCAUCAUAAUCUAUUGCAGUCUACUCCCAGAACAA